AUGGCUAAACCCAAACGCCCCAACUUCCUCGUCAUCGUCGCCGACGACCUCGGCUUCUCCGACAUAGGCUGCUACGGCAGCGAAAUCCACACGCCGCACAUCGACGCCCUCGCCUCCCACGGCGUGCGCUUCACAGACUUCCACGCCGCCGCCGCCUGCAGCCCCACGCGCGCCAUGCUCAUGACCGGAACAGACCACCACAUCGCCGGCCUGGGCAACCUAAUCGAGUGGACGAACAUCAGCGGCCAGAACGGCCCGAAGGGGUCCAGCACCGACACCGCGCCCCAGCGCGGCAUGCCGGGCUACGAGGGGUACCUGAAUGAGCGGGUUGCGGCGCUGCCGGAGAUCCUGCGCGACGCGGGGUACCACACGGUGAUGAGUGGGAAGUGGCAUCUUGGCCUGACGCCGGAGAGGGCGCCGUGUAGACGCGGGUUCGAGCGCAGUCUGGCGCAUUUGCCCGCUUGCUCGAAUCAUUAUGGCUUUGAGCCGCAGUUGGCUGGGGGCGAUGAGACGCCGACUUUCUUGGAGGCGAGUUAUAUUGCGCUCCAUAUGGAGGAUGAUGCGUAUCUUGAUGCUUUGCCGCAGGGGUGGUAUAGCUCGGAUGGGUAUGGGGAUCGCAUGAAGAUGUACCUGGAGGAGUGGCAUGCGGAGAACCUUAAGAAGGAAGAUGAGGAUCGGCCUUUCUUCGCAUACCUCCCCUUCACGGCGCCGCAUUGGCCGCUCCAGGCUCCGCGCGAGUACAUCGAUCACUACCGCGGCGUGUACGACGAGGGCCCCGACGCCCUCCGCCUGAAACGCCUCGAAGCCCUCAAGAAACUCGGCAUGAUCCGCGCAGACGUCCAAGCCCACCCGGUCGUCGUCGACGAAGGCGAAGGCAAGCCCUGGGAAAGUUUGACAGAACACGAAAAGCGCCUCUCCAGCCGCGCAAUGGAAGUCUACGCCGGAAUGGUCGAGUGCAUCGACGCCAACGUCGGCAAGAUAACCUCCUACCUGGCCUCCAUCUCCGAGCUCGACAACACCUUCGUCUGUUUUAUGUCCGACAACGGCGCCGAGGGCGCCGCCUACGAGGCAUACCCGCUCGUGCAGAGCGGCGUCCUCCCCCACCUCCUAAAGUACUACGACAAUAGCCUCGAGAACCUGGGGAACGGCGAUAGUUUCAUCUGGUACGGCCCGCGCUGGGCACAGGCUGCGACGGCCCCGAGCCGCCUGUAUAAAGCGUACACGACGGAGGGGGGCGUGCGUGUUCCGUUCCUCGCGAAGUUUCCCGCUUCAAUGGCGACAGCGGCGUGUGCGUCUGGUGGCGCGAUAAGCGAUCAGUUCGCGACGGUCAUGGAUCUCGCGCCUUCGAUAUUAGCCAUGGCGGGCGUGGCUCACCCCGCGCCGAACUACCAGGGGCGCGAGAUCGUGCACAUGCGCGGGAAAUCCUUCGCGGCCUGGGCUGUCGGAGAGAGCGCCCGCAUCCACGAAGAGGAUUUCAUACAGGGGUGGGAAACGUGCGGGCGUGCAGCGCUGCGCUUCGGGAACUGGAAGAUCGUGUAUAUACCCAAACCGAAGGGUCCGGAGCGCUGGCAGCUGUAUAACCUCGUCGAGGACCCCGGCGAGAUUAACGAUGUGUCUGAGGUAUAUCCGGAGCGGAUGCAAAAAUUGCUGAAGCUCUGGGACCAGUAUGUCCUUGAGACGGGCGUGAUUCCGCUGAAUCCGGAUCUGGGGGAGUUCUUGGAGGCCACCGAGGCGCAGAUGGUGGAGAAUGCGUGGAUGGAGUAUGAUUAUUGGAAGGGGGGUGCGAGGGAGGAGGGCAGGAGGGAGACGUUUAUGCGGAAGCCGCCGCGGUUGACGAGGGUUGUGAAGCAGUUCUAG